CGGUAGCAUAUCCAGUACAGCAUCACAUACCCAGAACUGAGCAGUGUCAAGUAGCUGCCAACAUACACCGUUUCCGAUAAAUCGCACUUACCAUCAUGACCGACUCGGUUACUGCGACGCUCCUCUACUUCUCCCCGCCCAAGGAUGGCUCGCAUCCGUACGGAUACAUCAACUACGACCCGUCCAACCCCCAACCACGGACGAACUUUGAGGCUGUGGAGCACAAGAUGGACAUCGAGAACAUCCGCGGGAAGGAGGACCAGUUCACGCUCGACAACGCUGGCUUCCAGUUCUUCAGGCGACCCGCGAAGCACAAGUCGUUCACCAAUGACGACGAGAUACGAGAGGAAUACUACCCCGAGAGCAUCGAGCUGAUCAAGGAGGUUACCGGCGCAAGCCGCGUAGUCCUCUUCGACCACACUGUGCGCCGCCGCCGACCGGGGGAAACGGAGGACACGCCGGACAAGCGCCAGCCUGUCGCCCGCGUGCACGUCGAUCAGACGAGGGCGUCCUCCAUCGCGCGGGUCCACCGCCACCUGCCACCCGCGGACGCGCCUGCGCUCCUGCAGCGCCGCUUCCAGAUCAUCAACCUGUGGCGCCCAAUCGGGCACGCGGCGCUCGAUUGGCCGCUCGCGUUCUGCGACUUCCGGAGCGUGGACGCGGAGAAGGACUUCCAGCCGACGACGCUGAAGUACCCGGAUUAUGACGGGGAGACUAUGAGUGUGAAGUUCAACCCGGGGCAUAAGUGGAAGUAUGUGAGGGGCAUGGAGCCGGAUGAGUUUGCGUUGAUCAAGUGCUUUGAUUCGAAAGACGGAGUUGCCCAGUUUACGCCGCAUACCGGGUUCGAGGAUCCGUCUACGCCUCCGGAUGCGCCGCUCCGGGAGUCGAUUGAACUGAGAGCUUUGGUGUUCUAUGACUGAUGUGAUCCUUGUGGGGGUCCCGUCAGCUGUCACUAUUGAGGCGCUGCGACUGGACAGGGUUGUGUAGACGAGUACCACUAAGUUUCCCAUACUAUUACUGUUACUGUAUCUUUCGGCUGUGG